AUGCAGAAUUGUUGGGGUUUCAGAUUAGGUUUGAAUAUUACAGAUACUCAGAAGGUUCGAUGGUCACAAUUUAGCACGUCUGAGACAUCCCAGCUUUCAUGGUUAUUUCCUAAAAUCAUGCUCAUUCCGUCCAAAUCGCUCCAGAUUUCCGUCCAGUCAUUGCAGAUUUCUUGCUGCAAUAAUGUAGAGUUUUUUGGGUAUGAAAAUGAUAGGAACCUGAUGUUCAAAAGCAAGAAAUCAAUUGUUGACAAAAUAGGGAUUGGGUCUUCUGACAUUGGGUUGCUGGAGUGCAGUUCCUCACGUACAGUCGUCAUUUUACCUAUUGUCAACAAAUAG